UCUCUCCCUCUCUCUCUCUCUCUCUCUCUCUCUGGUUUUCUCUUGUUCCUGUUCUUCUUCUUGCUUCUCUCUGUCACAGUCUCGCUUCUUCACUUCUCUUUCUCUUUUUCCUGGUGGAGCAUUCAGGAACGUGGCUUUGGGUUUUUGGCGAAUUUGGGGGGAUGGAUCGAAGGAAGGAGGAAUGAUUUUGGGGUGUUUUGGAAGAACAUUUUGCUGUGUUCAGUGCUGCUUCUGAAGAUCGAUUCGUCUAGUGUGGCUUUCUUGGAAGAAAAGCUCGUUUGGAGAGUCGGGUUCUGUCUUUUUUUCCUUGGUUGGGGUGGAAUGUCGUUAUGAGUUGCGAAGUUAAGUUUGAUUCAUAGUUCUCUUCCUGUGUUUUUUCUGCUUGUAAGAUUUGUUUCUGUUGCUUGUGUUCUCUUUAAAAUUUUGCGGUGGAAAUCAGUGCUUUUGUUGGUUUCUGCUGUUCUAGGAAGGGGUUCUGGUGAAGUUAAUCACUGGAAUGUUUGGAGGUGGGAUUCUGGUGAACAGGACACGGGUUUAUUUUGAUCGAUUGGUGAAAUUGUUCAUUUAUAGGGUUUGUGGGAAGUUUAACUGGGAGGAAAUUUGAUACAAGGAAGUGGUGAAGUCGUUAUUUUUUGUAGAUCAAUGUUAAAGAUGAAUAAGGUGUUCUCUGGUUCUGUGAUUUCGGAAAAAAUUAACAGAAGGAAGGAACCUAAUUUUUUGUGCUUUGGAUCUUCUGUGGUUUUGGUCCACUGAUUGUGGUGGGAAAGUGGUUUUUCGGUUUCCCUGUUUAAUUGUAAAGAAUUUCUUUGCCGAAUAAAGAUUUCUGCAACCAAUCUGUAAGUUUGGAAGCGUUGAGCUUUUCUUUGCACAUUGUGUUGCGAUUCCGUGGAAUCUGUGGAAGGUUAGAAGAAAGAUAACUUUUUUCAGAACUUUUUCCAUUGAUUCAAGUUGGGUAAGGAAGACACUAGAACUUCUGUGGGACAAGAAGGUUAUCUUCAGUACUGGCGGGAUCCGAGGUCUCUGCUGCAAUGACUGUUCAGGAUAAUAGUGGAUGCUCAACUUCAAAUACAAUUGCCAUGGCAAGGAGCCAGACUUGUUUGGAUGUGGGUGCACAAUCAUUGAAUGGAGUCCAACUAAAGGAGAUCUAUUCAUGUGGAGAUGAAUUUCCACCCAAGGUCAGGAAGCCUUACACAAUUACCAAACAGCGAGAAAGAUGGACGGAGGAGGAGCAUAAGAAGUUCCUGGAAGCUUUAAAGUUGUAUGGCCGUGCUUGGCGCCGUAUAGAAGAACAUGUGGGCACAAAGACUGCAGUUCAGAUUCGAAGCCAUGCCCAGAAAUUUUUCUCCAAGGUGGUCCGGGAGUCAACUGGAAGCAAUGCAAGCUCUGUGAAGCCAAUUGAGAUUCCUCCUCCUCGGCCAAAGAGGAAACCCAUGCAUCCUUAUCCUCGCAAACUGGUCCACUCGCUUCAGAAGGGGAUCUCAGUUCCAGAGCAACCAGAAAGGUCCAGAUCUCCUAAUUUAUCAACUUCAGAAGCAAAUCAGUCUCCAAAAUCAGUUUUAUCUACAGUUGUUUCAGAUACAAUUGGAUCUGUAGCUUCAAAUCCACACAAUGAUAGUCCAUCACCAGUUUCAUCUGCUGCCGAUGCAAAUCCUGGCAGCUUGGUGCUUGCCGAACAAGAGAAUGGAAACCUGCCAUCCACUUCAUCGGUGGAGGAAGAUAGUGGGUAUCCAUCAUCAGUCCCAGUAACUGCUACCUCAAGCCCACAAGAUCAAUCUUCCACGAAAGUUGAUUGGGGUUCCAAAGACAAUGCAUGUGAUAAAGAAGGCGCAACCUCUGAAGCAUCCAUGAUAAGUCUUAAGCUCUUUGGGCGGACAGUGUUGGUUACUGAUUCCAACAGGCCAUCUUCUUCAAAUCUUGGGAGUAGAAAAUCACCGCCCUCUGAAAGCUGUAAGGACAGUGACAAGAAUGAUGAGAAACCCGGUAAAACACCACAACAGAACUCUACACAGAUAAACUUCUCCAUGGAGGCAAGCAGAAGUGCUUGGAGUCCAUGGCCUUGUGGAGCUCCCCCAAUGUUUUACUGCAUGCCAUUCCAGAAAGAAGACCCAAAUCUAGUAGAAGCCACUUCUUCUACUCUACCUUGGUGGGCCUUGUAUGGAGGUCUUCCAUAUCCUGUGAUGCCAUCCUUCAACCUCAACUCAAUACAAACAUAUCCUGAUACUUGUUUGGAAGAAACUUCGAAAAAGGACAUUAACAGGGAAGAGUCUCGCACUGGUUCCAAUACUUCCUCAACUAAUGAUGCUGGGGUAGGUGAGAAGAAUGAGGAUGUUGUUGACUUUCAAAAUCAAGAGCCUUCUUCUGAGGAUGUUGAGAAAGAACCAGCCUCUGUUUUUCUAUUGAAACCAAGUGAAACAUCAGCUUUCUCUGUGCUCAAACCCAUUCCUAACAAGUGCACAAAGGGUUUUGUGCCAUAUAAAAGAUGUUUGACAGAAAGAGAUGCCCAAUCAUCAGGGAUCAUUGGAGAAGAAAGGGAGACACAAAGGAUUCGGCUGUGUUUGUAGGCAUUUUCUUGUGGUCUCUAACCAUAUAUUCUAUCUACACAGGACAUUUUUCCUUUUAACAGUUUGGGAGCUGGUCCAGGAGAAGUGUCUCUGGAUUAUUGUAGUUUCAGCAGUUGGAUGGUCAUGAGUUAAGAUGGAAAGGGGGGAAACAUAGGGUUCAAGCAACCACCUCUGCUGCUUUGUAAAUCUCGGUUUUUUUCCUUUCCAUAACUGUGCAAAGUAUAAACCCUUGUCAGAGGUCUGGGUACCUGCAAUUUUUUUCCCUUUUUCCCCUCUAUUUGUUUCUCUAAUCUUUUUUUUUUUUUCCUCAGUAUCGAUAUCUGUAAUCUUCAAUAUUAAUGUCAGCUAUCGUAUUUUAUUUUAUUUUUUUCUCCUGAAGUUUAAUUUCUGGAAUUAUACUUAAUAAAAAAUCUCUAUUUUUCUGUGUA